AUGGUUAAGGAAAACGACUUCAAGAAGUGCCACCAGUCCGGCUUCUGCAAGCGUAACCGCGAGUACGCCGACAAUGUCGUCUCCCAGGCCUCAACCUGGGCUGCCCCCUACAACAUCCUCCCCGACUCCGCUUCCUUCAAGGACGGUCAGCUCCAAGCCGUUAUCCUCAAGACCAUCAACGAUGCCCAGGAAACCGUCCGCCUUCCACUUACCGUCUCCUUCCUCGAGUCCGGCACCGCCCGCGUAAGCGUCGAUGAGGAAAAGCGCCAGAAGGGCGACAUUGUGCUGCGCAACGACAGCCCUGUCCGCAAGGAGCGCUAUAACGAGGCCGAAAAGCACACAAUUGUCGGCGGUCUUAACCUGGACAAGGACGCCAAGGUUGCCUACCAGGACAAGGACCAGAUCACCAUCCAAUACGGCCCCUCGUCCAAGUUCGAGGCCGUCAUCAAGUUCACUCCCUUUAGUGUCGACUUCAAACGCGAUGGUUCUUCGCACAUCAAGCUCAAUGACCGCGGCCUGCUCAACAUGGAGCACUGGCGUCCCAAGGUCGACAAGCCCGUCGAGGAAAAGAAGGAGGGCGAGGAGACUGCCGACACGGCAGACGCCGCCGAGUCCACUGACGUCAAGACGGAGGAUGAGAGCACCUGGUGGGACGAGACCUUUGGCGGUAACACCGAUACCAAGCCCCGUGGCCCCGAGAGUGUCGCUCUUGAUAUUUCCUUUGUUGGCUAUGAUCACGUCUUCGGCAUCCCCGAGCACGCUGGCCCGCUGUCUCUGAAGGAGACCCGAGGCGGCGACGGCAAGUACACCGAACCUUAUAGGCUCUACAACUCGGACGUCUUUGAGUACGUCCUUGACAGCCCGAUGACUCUUUACGGAGCCAUUCCCUUGAUGCAAGCGCACCGUAAGGAUUCCACCGUCGGUGUUUUCUGGCUCAACGGUGCCGAGACUUGGAUCGACAUCAUCAAGGACACAAGCUCUUCGAACCCAAUGGCUCUCGGAGCUGACUCCAAGACCAUCACCCAAACCCACUGGAUUUCCGAGGCUGGCAUUCUCGACGUCUUCGUCUUCCUGGGCCCUACCCCCAAGGACGUCUCUAAGAACUACGGAGAGCUUACUGGCACUACCGCCAUGCCCCAGGAGUUCGCGCUCGGCUACCACCAAUGCCGCUGGAACUACAUCUCGGACGAUGAUGUCAAGGAAGUUGACCGCAAGUUUGAUAAGUUCAAGAUGCCUUACGACGUUAUUUGGCUCGACAUCGAGUACACCGACGGUAAGAAGUACUUCACUUGGGAUGGUGACAUGUUCAAGGAUCCCAUCGGCAUGGGCAAGGCCCUCGACGAGCAUGGGAGAAAGCUCGUGGUCAUCAUCGACCCCCAUAUCAAGAACGAGGGCAAGUACGACAUCGUGGAGCAGAUGAACUCCAAGGACCUUGCCGUGAUGAACAAGGAGGGCAAGCCUUUUGAGGGUUGGUGCUGGCCUGGUUCGUCGCAUUGGGUCGACUGCUUCAACCCCAAGGCGGUUGAGUGGUGGAAGGGCCUCUUCAACUACGACACUUUCAAGGGCACGAUGGAAAACACCUUUAUCUGGAACGAUAUGAACGAGCCCUCCGUCUUCAACGGCCCCGAGGUCACGAUGCCCAAGGACAACAUCCACCACGGUGGCUGGGAGCACCGUGACGUCCACAACAUCAACGGCAUGACCUUCCACAAUGCGACCUUCGAGGCCCUGCUUACCCGCAAGAAGGGCGAGCUCCGCAGACCCUUCGUCCUCACCCGCUCCUUCUACGCCGGCUCUCAACGUCUCGGUGCCAUGUGGACCGGCGACAACCAGGCGUCGUGGGAGCACCUGGGCGCUGCCCUUCCCAUGAUUCUCAACCAGGGUAUCUCCGGCUUCCCCUUUGCUGGUGCCGACGUUGGCGGCUUUUUCGGCAACCCCGAGCCUGAUCUCAUGGCCCGAUGGUAUCAGGGCGGUGCCUUUUACCCCUUCUUCCGUGGCCACGCUCACAUUGACGCCCGUCGUCGCGAACCCUACAUGCUCGAGGAGCCGUUCAGAAGCAUCCUCACGGCAGCCCUCCGUCUCCGAUACAGCCUAAUGCCCACGUGGUACACCGCCUUCUUCCAGGCGCACAGAGACGGCGGCCCGAUCGUGCGCCCGAUGUUCUGGACUCACCCCAAUGAGGAGUCUGGGUUUGCCAUUGACGACCAACUGUUCGUUGGUUCGACCGGCCUGCUUCACAAGCCCGUUGUAGAGAAGGAUAAGGAGUCUGUCGACAUCUUCAUUCCCGAUGACGAGGUCUACUAUGAUUACUUCACCUACGAGAAGCUUCCUACCAAGAAGGGCCAGUACAUUACCAAGGCUGCUGCCAUCGACCAGGUCGCAUUGCUCAUGCGUGGCGGUCACAUCUUCCCGCGCCGUGACCGCCCCCGUCGUUCGACCAAGCUCAUGCGCUUCGACGACUACACGCUGGUUGUCAGCGUCAGCAAGGAUGGCCAAGCCGAGGGCGAACUGUACGUCGAUGACGGCGACUCGUUCGACCACGAGAAGGGCCAGUACAUCUAUCGCAAGUUCAACCUUGUCGGCAGCACCCUCACCUCUUCAGAUGCUGAGGGCCGCGAUGUCAAGUCCAUCAAGGCUGGCUCCUGGCUCAAGGCCAUGAAGGAGGUUUAUGUCGACAAGAUCGUCAUUGUUGGCGCGCCGGGCGCUAUCAGCAAGACGGAGGUCACUAUCGAGUCUGAGGGCAAGACCUGGACUGUCCCCGUGCAGUAUCAUGCGGCGGACAAGGGUCGCGCGGCGUACGCUGUUGUGGGCAGAGUCGGUGCCCGCAUCGGAGAGGACUGGAGCAUCAACUGGGCUUAG